AUGGAUUAUCAAGACUUUGGUCUUGAUCCGCAGGACCUAGAAACUUUACGCCGUGAGGUAACAGUCGUUGUCCAUGCGGCGGCGAACAUUUCGCUGGCACAGAGCCUCAUGGAAUCCAUCGAAAGCGACACUAUGCCGGUCAUUCGCCUGGCAAAAAUUGUCGAGACAUUCAGCAAGCUCAAGAUAUUUGUGCACAUAUCGUCAACUUUCGCACAAAUGCACUUGCCAAGUGGUAUUGUAAAGGAAACUAUAGUCAAGGUGGACGAGAAUGAGCCACCUCCGCAAGAGCAGCUGAGCUCCAUACUCGCGACUGGACACUCGCCUUACACCAGUCAAUUCAUCACACCGUAUGGACAUGGAAAAUAUCUUGCAGAGCGGCUUCUAUUAGAAUAUCAGAGCAAGUUUCCUAUUCUCAUCAUCCGGCCAUCGGCAAUAUCUCCUGCGUUGCUGGAUCCGUAUCCUUUAUACGGCCCGGACGCAGCUAUACCACUGCACACCGUUCUCGCCAUUACUAUAUCUCGAGGAUUCGAUUUUUGGGAGGCUCUCGACGUAUUGCCACACAACUACAUAUUCGACGAAAUACCGGUUGAUGUUGUGGGCAACGUUUCUCUGCUGCACAUGGCUCUAGGCACAACGGGCAUUGUUCACGCAGCCGCACAGCUUCAUAUUCCUCUUACUGUGAGGGAGUACGCUGAAAGGGGUCGGAAGUACACAUCGAAGGAAGGACUGGAACGCCUUGGUGCGAGUGGUCGUCUUGACGGCAAGCCCCGGCAGCUACCUUUUGAAUUCCACAGGCUGCUAACUGAAUCAUGGCGCGACUGGAUUUUUGACUGCGGGCGCUCAAGGCAAUUACUGGAGACAACGGGAUCGAUUGGGCUGGAUAUCCCUCAUGAUUUUGAGCUUCUUCUUCAAAGACGGUUUGAAAAGUUGUCUAAGACUUUGGUCGGUGUCUAG